GCUUGUGCACUCCAAACAUGCAUUUCAGCGAACACGUACUCUCCAGAUAAAUGCGAUGCACAUCUCAAACGACUCUAUCAAUGCUGUUCUAAACUCUAUCAGGACCGUACGGAGAAUAACGGCACAGAACGUGGCAAUGGUUCUGAUCAAGAGAACAUAUCGACAGCGUGCCCAAUGCAAAAGGUAGUUGAACGGUGGAUAAAGAAUCAUCCUUCCUGA